ACGGAGUAGCCAUGGAAACCGCGCGAGAGCGAGGCAGCUGGUCGGGUUCUCACACUGCGAGUGUUUCCGCUCACCUAAAAUAAAGAACUGGCGACCCGAUCCGAGCCGAGGACAAGGAAACAACAGCUCGUCGCGGGGGAAAUACAACGACGGACACGACACCAUUUCAUCAUUUUUCCCGUCACCUUACUGCGUCGUGUGUGUUCGCUUACACUACGGUUAAAUGCGUCGAAUGUGAAUAAAGGAGGAGCGCUCGUCGCUGGUUACCUAUUGUCGGUUAAGCCGUAGCGGACUCUUGCCGGUUGUUGGAGGAAAAGAUGUGCAAUGGAAUGGUAGCGUUACAUACGAGAGCCCCAUCCUCCCUCUCCUCCUCCUCCUCCUCCUCUCUAUCCUCCAGACUGGCCUUCCUCACACUUCUCCUCCUCUUCACCGUGCUCCCCUAUGGCCACGCAUCAGGUUGUGCGCAGCCACCCGCCGUGCAGCACGGAGACCUGCUGAACCUGACCGAGGCUAACAGGGACUCCUUUCCAGCGGGCGCUGUUUUGACCUAUGGCUGUGAGCCUGGAUACAUUGCAGAUGGACCUACCAGCAUUAUUUGUGACAGUUCCGGAUCGUGGUUCAGUCAACCCCCACGCUGCAUUAAAAGCAAUGUGUGUUUGCCUCCCAAUGAACCGGAAAAUGGCGGCUACCGUUGCCACCCGCCCGGCUGCCACCGGCUCACCCACAAAACCGUCAUCGAGUACUUCUGCGACGAGGGCUACGCUCUGAAAGCCGACUACAAGUUUCUCACCUGCGAGAACGGAGAAUGGGAUAGUCCCAUGCAGAUCAGCUGCCGACUCACCCAAGACAAGGAGCCCAGCUCUCCACUCGGCAUACCAGCGCUGUCUAUCGUGGCGUCCACUGCUAGCUCAGUGGCGCUCAUCUUGCUUUUAGUCGUGCUGUUUGUGCUUGUGCAACCUAAACUCAAGUCGUUCCAUCACAGCAGGAGGGAGCAAGGAAUCUCAGGCCAACCUGGUUCCAUCAUGGUUGAGGGAGUUCAGGUGGCACUGCCCUCAUAUGAAGAAGCUGUGUAUGGAAAUGGGUCAGGCCCUCCUCCUCCUGCUCCACCUCCUCCAGCUCCUCCGGAGUCCAGAGUCCCUAUCGUUCUAUCUGAGGGUCUCCCCCAAGGGGCCACAGGAGGCCAAGAUCCCAGCGAAUGCCACCACCACAGAGACUUAGACUUGUGUUUGCCAUCCACCUCUUCUUCCUCAUUCCCCGCCCACCAUCACGCCGAGACGGUGCUUGUUCAUCAGGCUCCUUCCUCUUCUUCAUCGUCAUCGUGGGCUCGAGAGCACCCUGGGGGUGCGUGUGCAGCCCCUCUACCUCUUCGGAGAGACUCUGAGAGCAGCGACCAGCACAGUCUGCUCUCUGUCACCUCUGCGGAUGACUUUUCUGAUGAUAUUCCCUUGCUGAAGGAAGCAUGAAUCCUGCCAGCGUGCUAGCAGCGAUCUCCCGUCUCUCUCUCUCUCUGCUGACCAGGACCGAGUGUGUCUGUCAACCCCCACGUCCUCAAACACCCCUCACGUCAGCAGAGACAGGACUAACCCCGUGCAACCGCUUCUGCUACCAAUGCACAACAAAGCCAUCAACCAGUACAUCCUGCACCACAAGCAGUGAUGGAACGCCAGAGGAGCCAACUCGAGACAAAGCGGCGCCACCUCAUUAGCAAAAAAGAAAAAUCCUUUCCAGCCUUUGUAUACAAUUCAAAUACUUAGUCAAGGCUAUGGGCUACACCCUCCUCCUCUAUAUUAUAGUUGACAGAGGCUCUCCGUCUGAUAUAGCGAUCAAUGGAUUCAAAACAGGAAACGUGAAGCUCCUGGCCCUAUAGUAUUCCGAAUUGUCUUCCCGCUGUACGUACUUGAAGAGUUGCGGUUGGGGUGUUGCGGCCCUCUUUGUGAAUGCUGCAUGUUGUUUUUAGUGACGGCUGUCACUGCCGCUGUGGCCCAACUCUGAAUUAAGCAUGAAGCCUCUUCUGUAUGUAUCUCUCUCGCUAGCCGUCUCUGUAUCCAGGCAACAUCCAGCAUAUGGAUGAGUUGAAAGCACCUGCUUCGAGAAACCUGGAAGAGCUUUCUUUCCUCUUCUGAGGCAUAAGUAGGAUUGAUUGUUGUCUUGGUUCCGAGAAGCGCGGAGAUCCUGGUUUAUCUAAGAGCUAAUUGGGUCACGAUUACAUCUAAAUUUACAACUCGCUCGGACAAAAUGUUUCUUCCGUAUUUAUUGUUUGACGUGCCGCUCGGUUUGUUCUGCUUUGACGAGUCUGACUGUGUGCGUCUGUGUAUUUCCUUUCAAUCAAAUCCGCCAGCCAUUUAUUGAGCGCCCGCUCCUCAGAUUAGAGGCAAUAUUUCGUGAUACUUCACCAACGUUUCAUGAAAACAUCAAAAACGCUCCAAUAGUACAGCAAUGAGCCCCAUUGUAUUAUGAAUCGAUAUUUAUGCCGACCGGCUUGUCACCCGCCAUCACACUGAAAAGAAAAUACCACAUUUGUGCAUUACUGACAUAACUGCAGCUGGUUGCAGUGAAAUAAAAAGUGGAAUAAUUAUCUUUUGUAUACCCUGGCCCCAGCGCAUAAAAUCCUAAAGUCAAGAGCAUAUUUAAAAAUCUUAAUGUCAUUAGAUGUUUUUUGUGGUUGAGCUGUCCAUCAUGAACACAGCAUGACCCCCACACCCCUCCCAAAAAAAUAUCAAACCCGAUGUGAGUUAUCUGAACUUUCUUGGCUUUUCAUUAUUAUUGCUAACAGAAUGUUGCCUUAGACCUGUACUUUUUUCCCCCCCCCCAUGUAUCAUCUUAAGCAUCCACUUUGGCGAUUGCUUUUUCACUAUUGCAACAUUUUCUGUUUUCCCAAAGGCCUUACUUUGAUUUUUUUCUAUUCUAUGCAUACAAUUGUCUUUAUUCAUCACUGUUUAUUUUGUCGUCAAAAAUUAACGUCCAUCCUUUUUGGUCCUUCCCUUGUUUUCCAGCUACUGUGAUGAUGACACUGAUGAUUUUUAUGCGCCUCUGUGUUUCGUAAUUGCUUCUCUUCGCUACCUGGCGUAAACAAUUAUGGGGUUAAAGUUGAAAAAACAAAAAAACAAAAGCAAUUUACAUUGUGUUGAGAGGCACUGUUGUACAGUGUCUCUUACAGUACACUUUCAUUCUUGGUUUGAAUGCUUUCAGCUUCUGAUCUUCCCCUGUACAUGGCAGUGGGUGUGAGAAUAUUAAUUUAAUAUUUGUAUAAAGUUUAAUUUAAUUUUACAGUGUGUAUAUAACUUUCUAAAUAAAGCUUUCUUUUGAAUGUGAA